AUGAUUCGGGCCAUGCUUCGAGAAGCUUUUGGACACCAAGCAAUGGAGAUUAAGGAAGUUGUCAGGGUUUUUGACUUGAAGAGUGAAAUGGUGGGGAGAAUAGAAGUAAAGGUGAGGGAAUCAUCUCACUACGUGGAAGUCAAUCUUUCACAAACCAAAGGUUUUGAGAAACAAGUCAUCGUCCAACUCAUCAAAGAAACUCACUCCCCUUUGCCAUGUAAUCAUUCCAAUUGUCAAGGGAUAUUGCUGUGUGAAGCAGAAAAGCUAUCAAAUGAAACCCUAAUGUAUGUAAAAUGGGCGAUUGAAAGGAACAAAGGAUGCAGCAAAAUCUUCUUCUGCUGCUCUGAUGUCUCCAAGCUUCUCCCUCUUACCUCCCUCUGCACUCUCAUUCACCUCUCCCCACCUUCAAAACAAGAGAUUGUGGAAGUCCUCGAAUUCGUAGCAAAACAAGAAGGAUUCGACUUGUCGACUCGGUUGGCGGAGAGGAUCGCCGACAAUUCCAAGAACAACCUCCGACAAGCCAUUCGAUCCCUAGAAGCUUCCUGGAAUAAAAGUCAAUUGUUUGAAGAAGAUGAGAAUCAACUGUUGACUGGUUGGGAAGAUGAUAUUGCAGAUGUUGCUAAGAAGAUUGUCGAGGAACAAAGCCCAAAACAGUUGUAUAUUGUUCGUGGAAAGCUUAAAAAACUUAUCGAACAUGAUGUCUCCCCCAACUUCAUUUUUAGGACUUUGGUGGACGAAUUAAAGAAGUUUUUGGACGAAGAAUUACAGCGUCGAAUUGAAGGUCUUUAUGCUGAUUAUAACAAAAUAGAGGAAAAGACAUUUGUUAGUGAUCAACAAGGCAAUGGGGAAGAGGCAGUGGCCAAAGUGCUGCAUGACCCUAUGAGAAAGAACGUUCACCACUUCAUGAAGAUCGAAGGUGUGAGAUAA